ACCAUAAAUAAUGGGCUUAGAGCCUAGAAUUGUAUAGGGUAGGCUCAGACCGUAACUAGGUCUGGUGUGAGUUAAGUUGAUAAACCCUAGAAAUCUCAAUCAGUCAGCUUCUCGGCCAACUUCGAUUGCUUCGUCGCCACUGAGAGAAAUAAAUAACAAUGGCUGAAGAAGAAGCUAAGGCGAUGGCUGUAGAAGAAACUAAAGUGAUGGCUGAAGAAGAACCUAAGGGGUUAGACUACAUACCUGAGGUUAUACUGAAGAAGAGGAAGAAGAGAGAUGAGCUUGCCUUUAUCAGGAAGAAACAGCUUGAGCUUGGAAACUUGGGCAAGAAGAAGAAGAAGAAAGUUGCUGAUAUCAAACGUCCUGAAGAUUUUGUCUUAGAGUACAGAGCUAAGGAAGUAGAUCUUAUCAGGAUGAAGCAAAGGGUUAAGAGGCCAAAGUCAUCUCCUCCACCAAUCAAUUCUAACCUUGUCUUCAUCAUACGCAUACAAGGGAAGAAUGAUAUGCACCCAAAGACCAAGAAGGUUCUUAACAGUAUGCAACUAAGAAGCACUUUCACUGGUGUCUUUGCCAAAGCAACUGACGGUUUGUUUCAAAAGCUUCUCAAAGUUCAGCCUUACGUUACCUACGGAUAUCCGAGUGAUAAGAGCGUUAAGGACCUCAUAUUCAAAAAGGGAUACACAAUCAUACAAGGCAACCCUGUUCCUCUUACAGACAACAACAUAAUCGAACAGGCUCUAGGAGAGCACGAAAUCUUCUGCAUAGAAGACCUUGUGAAUGAGAUCUCAAGGGUCGGUGUUCAUUUCAGACAAGUUAUGAGAUUCUUGGGACCUUUGAAACUCAACAAGCCUGAGGCUGGUGUCUUGCAUGGGAAGAAACAGGUUUUCAGUGAAGGAGGUGAUACAGGAAACCGUGAAGAUAAGAUCAACGAUCUCAUCAUCAAAAUGAACUAGAGGAAGCCUGUUACUUACUAUGUUUUUCUUUUUUUUUAGAAAAAUCUGUAUUGAGACUUUUUUUUUUUUGAAAAACGCGAUUAAAAUAGGAAAAUCAUUCCCCAGUUUGAUUCUGA